GGCUUCUUUGCUUUCCCUUCAAGCGCGAGUGAAAGGUCUUGCUUUAUCAGGAAAGACUCCAUCUGCACCUUCCAUAACUCGAAGCUCUGACUGGAGAACUUCUCCGUCUUUGCUUCUUCCAUGAUUCUAGAAUUUCAACCACCAAAAUCUUAACAGCGAUCUAACCUCGCUCUGAUACCAAUUGUUAGGAUGAAGAAACGAAUUUAAACAGCAGAUAAAAUAGAAUUAAAAACACUCAACACAGACAAAUGAGACACACAGAUUUAUCGUGGUUCGGCAAUUGCCUACGUCCACACUUAAAGCAGGGUAAUCAGUAGAUUAAUAACCAAUCUGGUUUACACACAUACACAGCUGCAAGCAGCUCCAGAAAAUCAGUCUACAAAUGAAAUACAAUCAGCUCUUAAAGAGCUUGCAAGGAGAAGUUGAAGAGCCAAGAGUUUUGGCGGCAAGAGGAGGAGUCCGUUGGACUUCACUUCCAACAAUAUCUGCUUCAAGAUUUUGAGUAAAUUCACCAUCAAUCAAGCCCUAACUUUUCUCCAAGACUUCAAACUUGGUCAAUACAUGAAGAUCCCUCCACGCUCCAUGUUCAUGGCACAAAUGGUAGGGACAAGUGUUGCUGCACUGGUAUACAUGGGAACAGCAUGGUGGAUGAUUGACAAUGUUCCCAAUCUGUGCAACACAGCUGUCUUACCAGAUAACAGUCCAUGGGUUUGUCCCGUGGACCAAGUGUUCUAUGAUGCAUCUGUGGUUUGGGGAUUGAUUGGUCCAAGACGAAUUUUCGGAAGCCUUGGCCCAUAUGGUGCUGUUAACUGGGGUUUCCUAAUAGGAGCCAUAGCCCCAAUCUUGGCAUGGCUUUUGCAAAAAAUGUGGCCUGAGAAAACUUGGAUAAAGUAUGUCAAUAUGCCUGUGCUUAUUGGAGCAACAUCACUUAUGCCUCCUGCCACUACACUGAAUUUCAGUAGCUGGUUGAUUAUGGGAUUUAUUUUCAGCUUUGUGAUAUACAGAUAUCACAGACAAUGGUGGCAGAGACAUAACUAUGUGCUUUCAGCAGGACUGGAUGCAGGUUUGGCAUUCAUGGGCGUGCUUCUCUAUGUCUGUUUGGGACUGGAGAAUGUAUCUUUGGAGUGGUGGGGAACACACUUAGAUGGUUGUCCAUUAGCUUCCUGCCCAACAGCUAAGAACAUAUCAGUUGCUGAUUGUCCAAUCUUUGUUUAA